CUUACAAGAGAAAACAUUUCGAAAAACGCUCUCAGAACAAAAAAAAACUUUUUAACUUUAAAAAAAGAAACAAUUAAAAAUACUUGAUAAUGGGUUUCCAAAUGCAUUUCGGUUUAAUAGUGUUGUUGGCUUUUGUGUCCAAUCUAGUGUUUUGCUACGAUAUUACAAAGACGGAUAUUAAAAUCGUAACGAAUGAAACGCGUUACACCACUCUACAUCCAAAUGCCACAUAUAGGGCAUUCGGCAAAGUCGCCCAUGCCAAGGGAAACAUUAUCUUUACUUCCGGUGAACGUAUCGAUGGUGAUCGUUUGAUUUUAAGUUUUAUCGAUGAAAACCAAUUCGCCCGUCUUGUCGACAUUGAAGUGUCUUUGUGGUAUCCCGAAGUAGGUCACGAUGGACUAAUCAUUAGCUGUGUUGAGUUUGUUACCGAUUUAUCCACCUCCGAUGCUGAUGUCUACUUUGUAAAUGGUGGCGGUGUUGGAGACACCUACGCCGAAAUGUUAAUGGUUGCCAAUCACACCUAUAAUUUUGGCUAUCAAAUCUUUAUGUAUGGUUAUUAAAUCACGGGAAUUUGGCAAUUGGCUUUAAAUGAGAAACAAAAAAAAAAACUAUUAAAUACAUUUCAUGUAUUGCUGCAUAUAAAAACAAAAAAAACAAAUUCUGUGAUUAAAUGUUGUGUCUUAUAUAAAAAAGAAAACAAAUUAACAUAAACAAAAGUAAAAACAUUUUAUUUAUUUAUUCUGUUAUUUUUAAGUUUAUAUUUAAGUCUUUUCUUUUAUUUAUUUAUAAAAUAUAUAAAAAGAA